CGCGUUGUUUCAGUGAGACUCAUCCCAUCAAGGUACAAAGGGUUUAUGUUGAUUAUAACGCCACUCUACAAAUAUAUGCACUGGCCAGAACAAUACAACACGGGAACAUAAGGAAUGAUGACGUCCGAAUCUGAAGACAAUGGGAAAGACACAACGAUAGAGGGCAAGGAAACCAGAAACUGCUUGAUUUUGGCAUCGGUCUUCCUCGCAGCAUUUACAGCGUACCAUGCCCUACAGAACCUCCAAAGCAGCCUUAACGAGGAACAUGACCUCGGUGUAUUCUCCCUCAGUGCAGUGUAUGGAGCUUUCGUAUUUUCAGGAAUCCUGGCACCGACUGUUAUACGAUAUUUUGGUAUCAAGAGGUGUAUUAUUCUAUCAUGGGUGUGUCACCUCAUCUACACCAUCUCCAACUUCUACCCGGCCUUCUACACCUUGAUCCCGUCGUCACUUCUCCUUGGGGGCAUCUCUGGCUUCUUAUGGACCAGCCAGAGCACGUACAUCACAGCAUGUUCUUAUUCCCUGGCUAAAAGAACGUCGCAAGAAACUUACGUCGUUCUCAGCAAAUUAACUGGUAUGUUCUACUGCAUUUUCCAAACCACACAAAUACCUGGUAAUUUGGUGUCCUCUCUGAUCUUGAAACAAGGAACAUAUGACAAUGUGACAACACAGGCUGUAUGUGGCGCUGACUAUUGCCCAUUGUCCACGAACGGCACUGACAUCUCGACUCCGGAUCAUGGAGUCGUCGAUAUUCUACUUGGAAUAUUCAUUACAUGUGAUGUAUUAGCUCUUGUCAUCACCUUGUGUUUCCUGUCUCCUUUACCGAAGAGUGUCUGGAUUGCGGAAGCCAGUUUGAAGGACUCGCUGUCCUCCUUCUUUGUGACUCUGUUUACCACAAAGUUCAUCUUUCUUGUUCCUUUACUGUUGUACAUGGCAGUGGUGGGGGCAUUCUUCUUUGGAGAUUACACAAGGUCCUACAUCAGCUGCCCCAUUGGGAUCCACAUGGUUGGGUUUGUCAUGGCGGCCUACGGAGCUACAAAUUCAUUUGGAUCUUUCGUGUCAAGUCGAGUAGCUAAGUAUACCGGACGAUAUGUGUUAUUUGCAACGGCGGCACUCAUACAUGCUGCUGUGUUUACUACACUCUACCUCUGGACGCCAAACGAGACGGAUACGAAAUAUAUAAUCCUUUUGCCACUAGCCUGGGCAAUCGCUGAUGGUAUUUUUAUGACACAGUUAAUAGCGUUGGUUGCCCUGUACUUCCCAGACAAGAACGAACCGGCAUUUGCAAACGUCCACACAUGGAUGUCCCUUGGUUCCACGCUCACGUUCGCUCUGAGCAGCAUCCUCUGUGUUUAUGUAAAACUAUAUACUAUGUUUGCUUUGCUGGUAGUUGGAAUGGGGAUGUACGUUGUGGCGGAGAUACUUUACAAAAUGGAAACAAAGAAAUACCUGAACAUAAAUGAAUAAAAAAUAAGUUAAUUAUACCCAUUUUUUUUCUGAUAAUUUUUUCUAUAUGCCACAAGCUGCAAUAUACAGACGUCUGAAAGUAAUGAAUAUUACUGUGCGGAUAU